CUUGUUGUAUCACAUUGCCUCCUUUUUGGGGUUCAUAACAAUAGUAGCCGUUUCUCAAAAGCUUCAACCACAUCAAAACCACGAAAUUUAAAUAUCGCUUCCGCUGUUAAUUUCUUCAUCAGCUCUUAAAAUGAGUACUGGUGAAGUGCUGCUGGGAAUGCCAGGACCAUGGGCCGAUGAUAAUCGGGAACCAUCUGAUUAUUACACAACUAAGAUCGGCGGUCUUCCUGACUGGCCUUUUCCUCCAGAAUCAUUAGGAACAGUUGGUAGUGAUUAUAAUUUGGUUAAUUGUAGUGUUUGUGGAUCAAAGCUUUGUCUGUUUGCUCAAGUUUAUGCUCCAAUUUCGACUAAUUCAAGUUUGAAAAUUGAAGAUCGUCUUCUCAUGGUUUUUGGAUGUUUGGGGUCUGAAUGUAGAAGCAAUCCUCUUAGCUGGCGUGCCCUUCGCCUUCAGAAAUUGGACGAUGAAGGUGAUCAACCAACAACUCCUGAAAAAGUGGAUACUGUAACAACUACACCUUCUGUUUCAGAUUCAAAAACUAACUGGUUGAAGGCUUUCGAUGAUGAUGAAAGUGAUGAGGACUUUGAUCUUCAGGCUUUGAGUACAGCACUCUCUGAAGCUGGAAGCCUGGUUUCUUGUUCGAAGAAAUCACAAAAGAAUAACCAAUUAGAAUUUGUUGCUAGUUCUUCCCCUUUAUCAGCAAGGACAAGAACAGUGGAUAUAGACUCACCCGUGGUUCCUUGUUUUUACAUUUACACUCAAGUGGAAUCAUCCUCAAGGGAUGUUUCUUCUAUGUGCUCAAACUAUACCACUCUUUCUAUUAAGGAAGAACAAAGGGACGAUGGGGAAGAAGAACAAGAAGUAUGGGCAAAGGAAGCUUAUGAAUAUGAUAAAGCUUUAACUGCUGAUAGGACUUACCUCAAGUUCAAGAAGAAGUUGGAUGCUGCCCCUGAGCAAUGCUUCAGGUACUUGUAUGGUGGGCAGCCUCUUCUACCAAUACAAGAGUUGGAAGAUCCAGGGCAAUGCAAGCUUUGUGGUAGUUUAAGGCACUAUGAAAUGCAGUUGAUGCCCCCAUUAAUAUAUUUUCUACAAGGUGCUGCCGAUGAUUGUCAAAAACAGGCACUAGAGAAUUGGAAUUGGAUGACAGUCAUUGUUUUCACUUGCACGAAGAGUUGUUCCAACCCAUCUGAUCAAGAAAAUAAGAAUGGCGGUUGGACAGUGGCAGAGGAGGCGGUUGUGGUACAACUAGAGACACUCCUGAAUGAGUCAGCUCAUCUCGGGUAUUUCUCAUGAUCUCUAUAGUACUCUUUUCUUAGAGAUCCUAUUAUCAUGCUUAGAAAGAAGUUUUGACUUAAUUAUAUACGCAUAGGGCAUCGACAUAACCUAUUGGUCCUUGGGUAAUUUUGUAUUAGUACCUUAGGGGUUCCUGUACCUUUGUUGCUGUAUAGAACAGCUCUUGAGAAAGUGUAAACAUAAAUUUGGUAGUUGUCUUAGAGUUUUAACUUUAAGUAGCUUUUGUAUGUUGAUGCCUCAGAGUGCAUUUGAUCAACCUUGUAUAUCAGUUGGUUAAACGAAAGCAUAAUGGUCAGUGACUUCAGUCAAUCAUUUCAAUUAGUCGCGUAAAUGUUUCAGAAGCCCGUAAUGUACAGCGACUUUGUGUAAUCAAAAAGUAUGUUUAAGAA